AUGGAGCCACUCGGAGUAACAGCGAACAUUAUCGCUAUCGUCGACCUGUCUGCGAAGAUCGCUUCGCUCUGCGUCCAGUACCCCCUCGCCGUCAAGGAUGCUAAAAACGAUAUCGAACGCCUCCGAGGGGAGGUUAACAGCGUCACCGAUGUGCUUCGAGGAGUCGAGCGGCUGCUCUAUAGGCCGGACAGCGCGCAGCUCUCGGCUUCCCAGAAGUUGCGCGACGCGCUUAAGGAUUGCUUCACACAGCUGACAGAGCUGAAGAAGGGACUGGAUCCGGGGAAGACACGCAAGGCUAUGAGCCGGUUCGGCGUUCGAGCUUUGAAGUGGCCCUUCGAGAGCAAGGAGGUGGAUAAGGUCGUGAGAAAUCUCGAAAGAUGCAAGCAGACGGUCUCUCUAGCUCUGCAAGUCGACCAAACCGCGCUCAUUCUCGGCAUCAACCAGAAGAUCGACUUAGCCAAACUACCUUCUGCCAAGGGGGCAUCUUUCGACUCGCACCUAGAUGAGCACGACGCAAGAUGUCUUCCUAACACUAGAGUUAACCUGCGUCGCCAGAUUGCGGAGUGGGUUGAGGACAGGCAAGGCAGAUGCAUAUUCUGGCUGAACGGUAUGGCUGGCACGGGGAAGUCUACCUUCUCUCGGACUAUUGCCCAAUCUUUCGCCGACAAAGGUCAGCUAGGAGCUAGCUUCUUCUUUAAGAGAGGCGAAGGCGACCAUGGUAAUGCCGCCAGAUUUUUCACCACCAUCGCAGCUCAACUAGUAAUUAAGGUGCCUGGUUUGAUACCAUGUAUUAGGGAAGCGAUCGACGCCGACCCUGCCAUUUCCGAAAAGACUCUGAAAGAGCAGUUUGAGAAGCUUAUCCUCCAGCCUCUGUCUGAGAUGAAGCGCGUUCCUCCGCAGGCUUCGAAACUAGUUAUAGUGGUUGACGCAUUGGACGAACCAGAGCUGCCGAUUCGCCUCGGCUUCAAGGAUAUGUCAGGAGGCACGUAUCAGGAUCUGGUUCUCCACGAGAUACCUAAGGCAACGAUCGAGCAUGAUAUAUCCGCUUUUCUGAAACACGAAUUCACGGAGAUAAGAGCGGAGCAUUCGAAGAUAAGACCUCAGCAUCUGCUGUCCCCAGAUUGGCCCGGGGAAAGCAACAUCCAAGCUCUGGUUGAGAUGGCGAUUCCCCUGUUUAUCUUCGCCGCCACCGUAUGUCGUUUCGUUGGAGAUCAAAGAGGGAACCCGAAAAAGCGCCUGGCCAGUAUACUUGAGUAUCAAACCGCAAGCUGGGCGUCCAAGCUCGACAGAACGUAUCUCCCAAUCCUGGAACAGCUACUUCUUGAUCAAGACGAGGCAGAGAAAGAGAGCCGGGCCAGAGAGUUCCGAGAGGUAGUUGGGGCAGUCGUCCUCCUUGCCGAUCCGCUCUCCAUUAUUUCACUUGCGAGCCUCCUUAACAUCCCAGAGGAGGACGUCAAUUGCAGCCUAGACUCAUUGCAUUCCGUUCUCAGCAUUCCUACCAACCGAGACGCUCCCGUAAGACUUCUACAUCUUUCUUUCCGCGACUUCCUCCUCGAUCCUCAGAAACGUGGAAAGAGCCCAUUCUGGAUAGAUGAGGCCAAGACGCACGAGAGAAUAGCCAGCAAAUGCCUUCAACUACUGUCUAGACCCAACUGCCUAAAGGAGAACGUUGCUGAAUCACGUGAUUUUGUUAGCGCGCCUCCCACGCGUGGGCUUCAAAUGCUAGCGUGA